AUGGUAUAUUGUGAUCUCUUGUUACGAGGGAAACAGAAAUAUUGCAGUUUGAGUUCAUCGUUAGAUAUGGGAUGCGUUAACUCCACAUAUUCUCCUGAUGGGAACGCUAAGAGAAGGUUCAAACGAAACAAAGAAGAUGCAACGAAAUCACUGAUCCACAACCACAACAAAGACCAUUCAUCAAACAGGUUGAAAGAAAAGAUAGAAAGAGAUAAUAGUAAUAGUGAGGCAAAGGGUGUUGCUAGAAACGAUAACAAGAGUGAUGAGGUUGGUGAGAAUGUUCCUCAGAGAUCUCAGGAAAAGAAGAAUAUUGGUGCACACUCUGAGUUUGUGGAGGGGUGGCCAAAAUGGCUAGUUGAUAAUAUCCCACCAAACGUGUUGGAUAGCUUGGUUCCCAAGAGUGUUGAUUCCUAUGAAAAACUUGGAAAGGUAGAUAUACACUUCUAA